AUGGAAAGGACUAAAUUUCACAUCUGCCAAAGGCUAGUAGCAACUGUUCGACGUAGUGUGUCAAUUCAAGUAAUUAACGACCUUCUUGAACAGCGCAACAUAUUCACUGAUUUUUUAAACAAGCUAGAGGCCGCUACCAAUGUCAGGAGACAAACCCUAUUUCUUGGCGGCCUCUGUUUCAUCUUAUUAUACCUGUCAGUUGGUUACGCUGCGAACCUUCUUUGCUAUUUCCUCGGCUUCGUUUUCCCGACCUAUGCAUCAGUGAAGGCGAUCGAAAGCAGCGAUCUGAUGGAAGAUACCAAAUGGUUAACAUACUGGGUAGUUUUCAGCAUGGUGAAUUUUUUGGAAAUUUUUCUUGAGUGGAUUCCGUUGUAUUUUUUGCUGAAGUUCUUCCUCCUCGUUUGGUGCAUGUUUCCAGGCCCGUGGAGUGGUACGGCGGUCAUUUACAACCUCAUCAUCUGUCCUUUUGUAAUGAGACACAGAAACAAGCUCGACACUGCUAUUUGCCAAGUUGCUAAGCAUGUCCGACAGGCCGCCGAAAAGGCGGAAGAAGAUUACGAACCUAUAGAAAGUGUGGAUCUGUUCUCAGAAGUUAAAAAGAUCGGGGGCAUUGUGGGCUUUAAAGAGCUGGAAGACGCGGGCAACGAAGGCGAUAAUGUAAACAAGACAAAAGAAAAUUAA